GUCCGCCAGCAACGUCGUCAGCGUCCGCCAGCACCACUGCGACUUUUGCACCCACGCCUGCCACCGCGGAACAGCGCGGAUUUGCCCAACAUGUCGCAGACACAGCAGAUGGAGGCCAGCGACUCGAUUUCCAGCCAGGACCCGAACCGCGACGAGACCAAGAAGACGAAGAGCAGGAGACCCCCGAAUACGGCGUUUCGCCAGCAGCGACUGAAGGCGUGGCAACCCAUCUUAACCCCGAAGACCGUCCUUCCACUCUUCUUUGUCGUCGGCAUCAUCUUUGCGCCGAUAGGCGGGCUUCUGCUCUACGCCAGCUCGCUGGUCCAGGAGAUCUCGAUUGACUACACCCUCUGCAACACCACCGCGCCCCUCACCGAUGCCGACUUCGAUCCGUCCGCCGAGAGUACCCUCGCCGACAUUCCCUCGGGCGAUGUCUCAGCGUCUUUCAAGACGGCCAUGAAGUCGCCGCCGCAGUGGGGCAAGGCCUGGGAGAAUUACACGUGGCCGUCAGGCAAGGUUCAGAACACCAGCGUGUGUAUCCUCAGCUUCGAGGUCCCCAAUGACAUCCAGCCGCCCAUCCUCUUCUACUACCGCCUCACCAACUUCUACCAGAACCACCGACGUUACGUGAGGAGUGUGGAUAUAGAGCAGCUGAAGGGGACGGCUCGCUCUGCGAGUGACAUCAACUCUGGCGACUGUGGGCCCCUUGAUGUUGUCGAUGGCAAGCCGUACUAUCCCUGUGGUCUCAUUGCCAAUUCCAUGUUCAAUGACACCUUCACCGCUUUGAACGCAACAAACCCAUCGCAGAACGACGACAGCCCUAGUGUAUACAAUAUGACGACGGACGGAAUCUCGUGGGCGCACGAGGGCGAUUUGUACGGCAAGACAGCUUACAAGCCCUCCGACGUCGUGCCCCCGCCGAACUGGCAAGAGCAGUUCGUCGAUGGCAGCUACGACUCUUUGACCGAGCUGCCUAAUCUUCACACGUGGGAGGCGUUCCAGGUCUGGAUGAGAACAGCUGGUCUGCCAACGUUCAGCAAACUCGCCCAGCGCAAUGACAAUGAUGUCUUGAAAGCGGGCAACUACCGGCUGAAGAUCUACGACCGCUUUCCGGUACAGGCAUACAGUGGCACCAAGUCCAUAUUGAUCUCCACGCGCACCGUCAUGGGUGGCAAGAACCCGUUUUUGGGCAUUGCGUACAUCGUCGUUGGAGGCCUUUGCAUCUUACUCGGUGCCGUCUUCCUCGCCACUCAUCUCAUCAAGCCGAGAAAACUCGGCGACCACACCUACCUCACGUGGAACAACGAUCAGCCCAGCACAGCGACGACUACCGGGCGCGCCGGUGGAGCGUAGUGACGGAAAUUGCCACAACGUCUUUGUUGUCAGAAUGUUUGGUUGACUUGUUUCCCUCUUUUUGCGAUUGUACCAAUUGUACCGAUUCACGCGUGGAUACGGAUGCUGGUCAUUGUAUGGAUAUCAUGAGGCCAAGAAGCCCGGAGUUAUGGUGUUUGAGCGAGAGACUGGAACAUAGUCUAUUUUGUUUG